AAAGGGUUUAGUUAAGUGUUGCUGUGUCAUCAUGCACUUAUGAUCCUGAUACUCACACCUGCUGUUUUUAUUUUUAUCAUUUAAAGCUUGCAACAUGAUGUCCUGCUCCUCUGUGUGCCAAAGUCGUUACUGCCUCUGUUGACUUCUUUCAAAAGACAGACUCAUAAACCGAAUAGGCUGCAUCUGUGAGACUGAAAAGGGGGUCCGUUUCAUUAAAUUCUUUAGAUCUCAUCGCCUGAAAAGGGGGAAAAAAAAAACAUGAAUCAUGCCAUUAAUAAUCUGAGGUUUCAUCGUGCUGCUUUGUUUAGCUGAAUAUGAUUUGUGUUUAUAGAACCGCUUCGUGUCUGUUUCCCUGCAGGUUUGCGUCCAGACUGAUUGCAGCCGUUCUGGACUUUAAGGCCAAAAUAAACACCGGGCAGCUGCCGGUCGAGUUCAUGCGAAGGAAGCCCCUGUGCAAGGAGCUCUACCCGCUCCUCUUCUCCUCCUGCAGGAUCCCCGGCCCCAAACACGACUACAUUGCUCACUACGGCCGCUCCCGCCGCUCGCCGACGCACAUCACUGUCGUCAGGAACUACCAGUUCUUCCAGCUGGAGGUUUAUAACAGCGAUGGCUCGCGGAUGACUGAGAGUCAGAUCCACGGGCAGCUGCUCAGGAUCAGGUCUCAGUCUUGGAAGACGGACAAGGAGCCGAUGGGCAUCCUGACCAGCGAGCACCGCCACACAUGGGGAGAGGCUUACAACCGCCUGCUGAGAGAUAAACUGAACCAGGAAUCGGUGCGGAUGAUAGAGACGGGACUUUUCUCCUUGUGCCUGGAUUCUCCAGUCAUGAGGAUAUCAGAUGAAAAGUAUGCGAGCCGCAAGGCCGCGCAGGUCCUUCAUGGCGGCGGGACGUUCUCCAACAGCGGAAACCGCUGGUUUGACAAAACGCUUCAGUUUGUGGUCGGCGAGGACGGCUCGUGGGGUCUUCUGUAUGAGCAAGCCACGGCCGAGGGUCCGCCUGUAGCGACGCUGCUGGAUCAUGUGAUCGAGUAUUGUGAGAAACCGGACACAAAGAGGGCGCCGCUGCUCCCGCUACCAAUGCCCAAGAAACUUUACUUUCACAUAGACCGAGAAAUCAAGAGGGACAUCGAGCACGCCAAGCAGAACCUCGACAUCCUGAUCAACGACCUCGACGUUAAUGUGUUCAACUUCAAGAAGUUUGGCAAGAAUCUUCCAAAGCAGCACCAGAUGAGCCCAAACUCCUUUAUCCAGGUCGCCCUGCAGCUCGCCUACUACAGAGUUCACAGUGAAGUCUGUUCUGCCUGCGAUAUCGCCACUCAGAGGAUGUUUAGAGGAGGAAGGACCGAGUACAUCCGCUCACCCACCAAACAGGGGCUCCAGUACAUUCUGGCCUUUGAUAAUCCAUCCGUAUCGCGGGAAGCAAAGCAGGAGCUGUUCAGAGAAGCUGUUGAUGCCUACUCGGCUCUGACUGAAGCGGCACUUAAUGGACACGGCAUUGACCGCCACCUGCUGGGGCUCAAGCUGCAGGCCAUCGAGGAGGGCAUGAGCAUUCCCAAAAUCUUCAUGGACACGGCUUACGGGCUAGCAACACACUUUAAACUCCGGACAGGACAGAUGCCUGCAAACAACACGGACAGCGUGAUGUGUUUCGGUCCUCUCGUUCCUGACGGCUACGCCGUCUGUUACAACCCUCAGGCAGACCACAUCCACUUCUCCAUCACGGCCUUUAACUGCUGCGAGGACACUAACGCAGAGAGACUCGCUCGCACUUUGAGGGACACCAUGUGUCAUCUGCAGGAGAUGUUGCAGCCUACUGUGUAGAGCUGCUGCUACAGCGUCCAGCAGCAAGAUACCAAACAUUAUCUCUAAAGAAUAUUUUGUACGACUUUUGUAGGGGUGCUUUUUUUGGGGGGGGGGUGUAUGCUUGCUACUCACGCUUCACUCGAGCAUUUAAUUGUGUGAGAGCCUGGAAAAGAUCUCUGCAGCUCUCGGGUGCUUUUGUUGCUUCUUUAAAGUUUGGGUGAAGCGAUAAAUCUUUUUCUAAGCUGUCAAAUUUGCAUCGUCAUCGUUGCAUUUCGAAGCAUCAAAUUCCACAGCGUCUCUCGAUGAAAGCGAAACGACUCAAUGUGACACUCCAGCAUUAAUCGGAAAUAUCUACGCGUGCACUCCUUUGUACAACUUGUGAGAUGACCUGUGUCCUUCAACCUUUCAUAUUUUACUUUUUCAUCAGAAUUAAUGGGAAAGUUGGAUUUUUUUUAUUUUUUUUAAUAGGUGAAAAAGGUGGUUUGAAUGGACUAGAGGAGAGGAAUUAUUGAGGGUGAUUUGGUGUUUUUGUGUCUGAACUCGACCUGAUCGUGAGAUGAAUUUUGAAUAAGCAUAAUUUUUGUUGUUUGUUUAUUUGGAGGAUCUUGUUCUGCACUCAACCUGCAGGACUGGUUAAUAAAGCCUGUGCUCACAUAA